CAUUGCAGUUGCUCUGCAGCGGCACCGCUAUCUCAGCUCAAGAUGCACAGCUUCAUGGGAGGAGGCUUGUUCUGCGCGAUUGUUGGUAAUAUCCUGUUGGUGGUCUCCACUGCAACUGACUACUGGAUGGAGUACCGCAUGUCUGGAAAAUAUGCCCACCAGGGCCUGUGGAGGUACUGCAUGUCCAACAAGUGCUACAUGCAGACUGACAGCAUAGCUUACUGGAAUGCCACCAGGGCCUUCAUGAUCCUCUCAGGGAUGUCAUGCUUCGCAGGCAUCAUUGCUGGCAUCAUGUCCUUUUCCCACUUCUCCUCCUUUGAAAGGUUCAACCGCUCCUUUGCUGCAGGAAUCAUGUUUUUUGUCUCCACUUUCUUUGUUCUGUUGGGUAUGGCCAUUUAUACUGGAGUGACAAUCAACUUGCUGGGAAAGCGCUUCGGUGACUGGCGCUUCUCCUGGUCUUACAUACUGGGCUGGGUGGCCAUGCUCAUGAACUUCUUUGCAGGUAUUUUCUACAUAUGUGCAUACAGAAUGUGUGAAUGCAGGAGAGGAAAUGGUCCACGCUAGAGCGAGACAGUUUUAAACCAAAAAAAGAAGAGAAUCAAACAAAAGGCAGCCAUAACUGAUCUACUGAGGAGAUGACGUUGGAUGCUGAUCCUGGCUUUGACUGUCUUCUAAACAUGUUUUCUAUGUUAUAUUCCAUUUAAUGUGGAAACUAGUUUGGCGAUGAUUUGCAAAUAGGAACUAAAUAAGUAUAAUUAUUGUAAUAGG